UGUGUUUUCAUAAAUACUCAAAAUUAAAUUGUAAAAAUAGAAAGAGAGCAAAAUGUCGUUCCCGAAGCUGGACAGCAAGGUGUUUCAGAACCUGAAGGACGUGGCCCACAAGCUGCGCAUCCACUCGAUCACCUCGACGCAGGCGGCCAAGUCGGGUCAUCCGACGUCCUGUGCCUCGCUGGCGGAGAUUAUGACGGUGCUGUUCUUCCAACAGAUGCGCCUGAACCUGAAGCAUCCUCGCGAUCCCUCCAGCGAUCGAUUGGUCCUGUCCAAAGGACAUGCCGCGCCCAUUCUAUAUGCAGUCUGGGCGGAGGCAGGACUCUUUCCGGUGGAGGAAUUGCGGAAUCUGCGAUUAAGGUCGGAUAGUGACCUGGAGGGACAGGGCACCGCCGUGGCCGCCGGAAUGGCCUAUGUGGGCAAGUACCUGGACAAGGCCGACUAUCGCACCUAUGUGAUCCUCAGCGAUGGCGAAUGUGCCGAGGGAGCCGUCUGGGAAUCGCUCCAUUUCGCCGGUCACUACUGCCUGGACAACCUGUGCGUGAUCUUCGAUAUAAACAAGUUGAUGUGUUCUGAUGCCAGUGCUGAAAUGGAGGUUUACCGGGAGAGACUGGAUGCCUUUGGCUUUAAUGCACUGGUCCUAAACGGCCACGACAUCGAUGAACUGGUCAAGGGCUUUCACAAUGCGGCCAGCACGAAGGGCAAGCCCACUGCCCUUUUGGCCAGAACAGUUAAGGGAAAGGACUUUGUGGGAAUCGAGGGAUUGGACGAAAUGUACGGGCAGCCACUCGGAAAGCGGGCUGAGGCUGUGAUCAAGAACUUACAGAUGAUGAUCUCCAAUCCGAAUGUGCACUUGACGCCCAAAAAGAUAGGAAAGUGCGGCAACGCUCCAGAGGUGAAUAUCAACAACAUACUGCUGUGUAAUCCGCCCAAUUAUCGGCUGGGCGAUUCGGUGGCCACUCGCUUGGCUUAUGGCACUGCCUUGGCCAAGAUCGCGGCGGAUAAUGCCCGGGUGAUUGCCCUCGAUGGCGACACGAAGAACUCCACGUACGCGGAUAAGAUGAGGAAUGCAUUCCCGGAGCGGUUCAUCGAGUGCUUCAUAGCGCAGCAGAAUCUGGUGGGCGUGGCCGUGGGCGCCACCUGUCGACGUCGCACUGUGGCAUUCGUCUCGACGCAUGCCACCUUUUUCACCCGGGCAUUCGAUCAGAUUCGAAUGGGGGCCAUUUCGAACACCAAUGUGAACUUCGUGGGCUCGCACUGUGGCUGCAGCAUUGGCGAGGAUGGACCCUCGCAGAUGGGACUGGAGGACAUAGCCAUGUUCCGCAGUAUUCCCGGCAGUACAGUCUUCUAUCCCACGGAUGCCGUGAGCACGGAGCGGGCGGUGGAGUUGGCCGCCAACACGAAGGGGGUGUGCUUCAUCCGGACCACAUAUCCGAACACCACUGUGAUCUACAACAACGAUGAGGUGUUUGCCGUGGGACUGGGCAAAGUGGUGCGCCAGAAACCUUCUGAUGAGGUGCUGUUGAUCGGAGCCGGGGUCACACUGUACGAGUGUCUAGCCGCCGCCGAGCGAUUGGAGGAGGAUUGCAUCACGGCCCGGGUAAUUGACCCCUUCACAGUGAAGCCCCUGGAUGUGCGACUAAUUGUGAAGCAUGGAAAACUCUGUGGCGGUCGGAUUGUCGUCGUGGAGGAUCACUACCAGCAGGGCGGAUUGGGCGAGGCCGUGCUCAGUGCCCUGGCCGACUCCCGGAACUUUGUGGUCAAGCACCUCUAUGUGCCCACUGUACCGAGAUCGGGACCACCCGCUGUACUGAUGGACAUGUUUGGUAUCUCCUCAAGAAGUAUCUUCAAAGCCAGCCUGGCCAUCAUGAAAAAGUGAAGCAGAUAGAAAGGGCAUUCUACAGUGUUGUGAGAUAUCAUUGUGGUCCCUUUCGAAAACGUUUACACAUUGAGGAAUGCUUCUUUAAAUUUUAGUUGUAUCUGUAUUGUCAACAUUAUAUGACACAUACUGAAUUAAAUGCCAUUUUAGGACAUACAUAGGUGAAAAUCCUUAA